UUAAAAUACUAAAAGUACUAAAGAGGCAUCAGCGCCAAAAGAACCCUAAUUGUUCCCUCUCUUCGAAUUUCGAAGAGCUCUUUCUACGUUCUUCUCCAGUAUUCUUCUCCGCCACCACGUUCCAUAGCAUUUUUCAGUGAUCUGAGAACUCCAUUAACCAAAUUCACACUCCAUUCUCCUUCAUACUUGUACCGUCUGACACUGUAACCCUUCGUACACAGUCAAUUAGGCCCCAGAAGAAGUUAUUGAACGAAAAGAGAGAAAAAAAAAACCCUAACUUCUUCCGACGCUCGAACUGAACAGAGGAACUUCUUCAAAUCCUACUGAAGGAACUGAGCGAAACGGAACGAAACGAAGCGAGUGUCUUUCGCCGACUUCGACCUUCCACUGUGAACGACUUCGGGAAUUGUACAAAACUAGUGAUGUUAUGUUUACUACUACUGUGAAUAUAGGCUCACUUAGAAGUGGAUAAGACAGGAAUUCUGUGCUUCUGCCUUCUGGAUUGCUGCUGCUACCUCAACUGUGUCAUUUACUAAUACCGUGGAAGAAAAUUUGCGUUCUGCACACCAAACUGGAAUUUGCCAAAAUUUCUCCCUCGAAAGGUCCUACUUACUGGAAUCAUUCAUAGUAUAUGCUCUUAUGGUGUGCACACAAUUUUCAUUUGCUACCUGGAUGUGGUAACAGUUUUUGGAACUUUGCUGUUUGCUGUGUUGACAACUGAACCAUACAUCUGGCCUAGAGAUAAUACACACCAUGGUUGAGCUUAGGAAUGGAAGUGCCCAAGCUGCCAAUGGAAAAUCUAGCGCUGCUGGAUCUGCAUAUUCUAUUGAUCUGAAUGCAUUUCAAACCCGACUUAAGUUGUUCUAUUCACACUGGGAUGAACAAAGAACGAAUCUCUGGGGCUCCUCGGAUGCAAUUGCUGUUGCAUGUCCGCCACCUUCAGAAGAUCUGCGAUACCUGAAAUCAACUGCACUAAAUUUAUGGUUGCUUGGGUUUGAAUUCCCGGAGACAAUUAUGGUCUUCAUGAAGAAGCAGAUCUAUAUCUUAUGCAGUCAAAAGAAGGCAUCUAUACUGGAAACUGUGAAAAAACCUGCCAGAGAGGCGGUUGGUGUGGACCUUGUUUUACAUGUCAAACUGAAAAAUGAUGAUGGAACUACUCUAAUGGAUUCUAUAUUUCGUGCCAUCCGCACUCAAUCAAAGGCUGAUGGGCAUGACUCUGUUACUGUUGGAUACAUACAGAGAGAGGCUCCUGAAGGGAAGUUGCUUGAAACAUGGGCUGAUAAAUUAAAGAAUACAGAAUUUCAUCUGAUUGAUGUGUCCAAUGGGUUUUCUACAUUGUUUGCUGCAAAGAGUAAUGAGGAGCUUAUAUCAAUUAAGAGAGCAGCAUAUCUGACCACUAGUGUGAUGAAAAACUUUGUGGUUUCGAAACUUGAAAAUGUAAUUGACGAAGAGAAGAAAGUUAGUCAUUCCGCAUUGAUGGAGGAGACUGAAAAAGUAAUACUUGAACCCUCAAAAGUCAAUUGUAAAUUGAAGGCAGAGAAUGUUGAUAUUUGUUACCCCCCAAUUUUUCAGAGUGGUGGGGAGUUUGAUCUAAGACCUAGUGCUGUCAGCAACGAUGAAUUACUUCACUAUAACUCUGCAAGUGUAAUUAUAUGUGCUGUUGGAGCCCGGUAUAAGAGUUAUUGCUCGAACAUUGCUAGGACCUUCUUGAUUGAUGCAGAGCCUCUUCAGAGUAAGGCUUAUGAGGUUCUACUCAAAGCCCAUGAAGCUGCCAUUGGUUCUUUGAAGCCUGGGAACAAGCUGAAUGCCGCUUACCAGGCUGCAGUUUCUGUUGUGGAAAAGGAGGCUCCUGACUUGAUUUCCAAUUUGACAAAAUCAGCUGGGACAGGCAUUGGCAUUGAGUUUCGUGAGUCUGGGUUGAAUCUUAAUGCUAAAAAUGAGCAGAUAAUAAAGGAAGGCAUGGUUUUCAACGUGUCCCUUGGAUUUCAGAAUUUACAGUGUGAGAGCAGUAAGUCUAAGAACAAGAACUUCUCUCUGUUGCUUGCUGACACAGUCAUCAUCAGCAAAGAUAAGACAGAGGUUGUGACUUUGAUGAGCUCAAAGGCUCUAAAGGAUGUGGCUUAUUCAUUCAACGAGGACGAAGAAGAGGAAAGGCCAAGUAAAAGAUCCCGUGGGAUUGAUGGAGAGCCCGUUGUGUCUAAGACAACUCUUAGAUCAGACAAUCAUGAAGUUUCAAAGGAGGAACUUAGAAGGCAGCAUCAGGCAGAGCUUGCUCGUCAGAAGAAUGAAGAAACUGCAAGACGGCUUGCUGGUGGUGGAAGUGAGAGUGGAGAAAACAGGUCAUCUGUGAGGACUACUGCAGAUCUGGUGGCAUACAAGAACAUAAAUGAUGUUCCCCCUCCUAGAGAGAUGAUGAUUCAGGUUGAUCAGAAGAAUGAAGCAGUUCUUCUGCCUAUAAAUGGAAGCAUGGUGCCUUUUCAUGUGGCUUUCAUUCGAACUGUUUCCAGUCAGCAGGAUACCAACCGCAACAACUAUAUCAGGAUUAUCUUCAAUGUUCCUGGUACACCUUUUAAUCCUCAUGAUGCGAACUCAAUGAAGUUUCAGGGGUCUAUAUAUUUGAAGGAGGCUUCAUUCCGCUCCAAGGAUUCAAGGCACAUAGGUGAGGUUGUUCAGUCCAUUAAAGCACUGAGGCGACAAGUUGUAUCGCGGGAGUCUGAGAGAGCCGAGAGGGCAACCUUGGUCACUCAGGAGAAACUGCAGCUUGCAAAUAAUAGGUUCAAGCCGAUAAGAUUGUCUGACCUUUGGAUCCGCCCUGUUUUUGGUGGUCGUGGAAGGAAGAUACCGGGUACACUUGAGGCACAUGCAAAUGGAUUUCGAUAUUCUACCACCAGGCAAGAUGAGCGUGUGGAUGUGAUGUUUGGUAACAUCAAGCAUGCAUUUUUUCAGCCAGCAGAGAAUGAAAUGAUUACGCUCUUGCACUUCCAUCUUCACAACCAUAUUAUGGUAGGAAAUAAGAAAACCAAGGAUGUUCAGUUUUAUGUUGAGGUAAUGGACAUGGUCCAAAAUGUUGGAGGGAGUAAGAGGUCUGCCUAUGACCCUGAUGAGCUUGAAGAAGAACAACGUGAGAGAGAGAGGAAGAAUAAGAUUAAUGUGGAGUUUCAGACUUUUGUGAAUAGGGUAAACGAUCUUUGGGGACAGCCCCAAUUCAAUGGUCUUGACCUUGAAUUUGAUCAACCCCUUAGAGAACUUGGCUUCCCUGGCGUACCUCACAAGUCAUCUGUAUUCAUCGUUCCGACUUCAGCAUGCCUUGUUGAACUGAUUGAGAACCCUUUCCUUGUUGUGACACUGAGCGAGAUUGAGAUUGUGAAUCUAGAGAGAGUUGGGCUUGGGCAGAAGAAUUUUGAUAUGACUAUAGUUUUCAAGGACUUCAAGCGGGACGUCCUUAGGAUUGAUUCCAUCCCUUCAACUUCUCUAGAUGGCAUCAAGGAAUGGCUGGACACAACCGACAUCAAGUAUUACGAGAGCAGGCUGAAUCUGAAUUGGCGUCAGAUCCUGAAGACAAUCACUGAUGACCCACAAGGCUUUAUUGAAGGUGGCGGCUGGGAGUUUCUGAAUCUGGAAGCUACUGAUUCAGAAUCCGAGAAUUCUGAAGAAUCGGACAAAGGCUAUGAGCCAUCGGAUAUAGAGCCUGAAUCUGAAACAGAUGAUGAUGAUUCUGACAGUGAAUCACUUGUGGAGUCUGAGGAUGACGAGGACGAGGAUGACUCGGUGGAGGAUUCCGAAGAAGAGAAGGGAAAGACAUGGGAAGAACUUGAGAGGGAAGCAACGAAUGCUGACAGGGAGAAAGGGAAUGACUCUGACAGCGAAGAAGAUCGGAAAAGAAGGAAGGCGAAAGCAUUUGGCAAGUCGCGAGCUGGUCUUAGUGGUGGCAUGCCUAAGCGGCCCAAGUUGCGGUAGAUCUUGGUUUUCCUUUGAUAGUAGUUUCUUGUUUAGUGCAGUGCUUUUUCGUUUUAGCUUUCCUAAUUGGGAUGCAGAUUUCGGGGAAUUCUCUAAUCCAUCCAUAUAUAAUGUGGUGUAAGCGGAAAUCGAUUAUCCGAUCAAAAUGGAACUUAUCCAAUUUAAUAGUUUUAGCA